AUGUCACAGCCGCGUGAAGAUUGCCGCACUCUUACUGGCGAACAUCCAACUACCACCCAUCUUCUGAAGACCAUUCCCUACACCCAUUCUCGGAUUGUCGAAGUUUUCAGCUCCCUCUACAUGUCCGAUCCUCCAGAACGCCCGGCCUGGUCUGAUGUCACAGCACGCCUUCGAAACCUCAGAAAUCUUCUCAGCUCGGAACGGCACCUUGGCAUCGAGCACGAAAUAGCCUUUGAAGAAUUUGAAAGAGAAAUGGAGGAUCAAAUGGCAACGUUUCAGGCAAGUGAUGAGAGAUCGGACCAGCCUGUAUCGUCCGAGUCCGCCAACUCUCGGGAACGAAGAAGAAGAGAAUUCACUACACGUUUCCGUGACCAAGACACGGCUGAGAGCCGCACCCAAUCCAGCGUCUUAACCGCCCUCUUGCGAAGUCGGCGGAGAGCCUUCCGGCCCAGCGAGCGUUUACAAAGAUACCAAAGGGAAAGACUUGGCCAGAGUGGAAGAGCUGCCGCCUUGGAGGCAUCUGUGCCGCCGUUGAGUCAGUCGCCCGCCUCACCAACCCAAUCCGUCGGUGAUCGCGCGGAUCGUCCGAGGUCGAAACGGAGAAAAUUGACCGACGGCACAUACCAAGAUGAUCCUGAAACAUUUAGCUAUGGUCACAAUGGCCAGGUCGUUCCUGGCCAGCUGAGAUUGGAGAUUGUCAGCUGUGACGGUGGAGAAUAUUCGGAUCCUCAUAUCCCCAUCUAUUCCUAUCCACAGAAUGUGCUCCUGGACGAUACCAGCGUCUACUGCACCAAGUCCAACAAAUGCAACCUUUUACUGAAGCAUGUGGGCGGGAUGCCCUUCACCUUGACUGACAUCGUGGUCAAGGCCCCGCGCGCCGGCUACGAUGCACCCAUUCAAAAUGGCUUGAUUUUCGUUGCAAUGGAAGAUGACAAUCUCCUUGACCGGACUUCGCAGUACGAUGUUCGCUGGCCUCCAAAGAUUUACCGCCAUCAACGACACAGGCGUGAUGGAUACCGGCCCUCCCAGGAAUAUAUGAACUCCACCAGAUCUCCUCUUAGAUCCAUUGAGCGCCCGAGGCACCUCAACAAUCCCACAGCUCCCGAAGAGGGCUCUCAUCUGGAGAUUCCUCUCGUCCCGGGGUUUCACGUCACCGUGGUAGACCCAUCAGAUGGAGAAGAGGGAGGAGAGGAACCCCCAUCGCCCCGACCGUGGCAGGACGUCGAAGAUUCGUUGAGAUCUUAUGUCGAUCGAUACCGUCCAGUGUAUGGCGGAAAUGAGCGUAACGAUCCAUGGUCCAACACAAGCGAUUCAGAAGGCUAUGAGCCCGAUAUCCCGCCCGAAGCGGGAGAAGCAGGGGAAACCGCACGCUUGCAACGCCAGCAAAUCGAUCUCGAAGACAUCCUUGCGCAUCGGAAUCGCAUGUUGGAUCUUAUGCGGGCUCAGCAAAUUCGUGAGAGCGAUGAAUUCUUUGGAAGCCGAAACCGGGAAAGCGAGCUCGACGAAGACCGAUCCCACAGUCGUCGCCCAACUUCAAGUCGAAACGGAACCCAAGCAUUCGCUCCUACUACAGGGAUGACAGAUCCGGCCUAUCUCUCGCAAGAGCGUUCUGAAGCUUCGAGCUCCAAGGCGACUCUGAACGGAGUAGCAGCUGGCUCCUCUGCCAGAGUUGGCGUUGUGCCACACGCCUUGUUCUUCAUCAACCCAAACAAAUCUAGCACUGAAAUCAAAUUCGACCCUCCAGUGUCGGGCCGUUAUAUUCUUGUCAAACUCUGGGCGCAGUGUGCCCACGCCAAUAUCGACAUUCAAGCUAUUCUGGCACAUGGAUAUGUCAAUCCCCUGCAACUCUUGGGUGCAAUCCCUUGGGUUCUCUACUUCAAAUACCGUCAGCGUGUGAAGCACUUUGGUAUGCCUCGCUUUGUAGAAGGCACGGGAAUCCCCCUCCGUGAAAAUGUUUCUCUACAGUCAAAGCCCGCGUCCUCAACGGAGCCACCGACGCCUGACCGAAUCCGCAUCAAGAACCGGCGAAAACGGUACUUGGACACUCACCCGGAAUACUUUGGGCCUCAGCUUGAGCUGGCAGAUCCGCUCCUCUACGACCGGUUGAUCCGCCGCUUCCAGACGCCGGCCGAACGCGAAGCCGAAGGUCGGCAAAAGGGCUACUCGGGCAUCCUAGAAGCCGACCUGUACCGGAGCGAAGCCAAACUCGAGGCGCUGCGGCACCCGGACCCUCAUGCGCUGUUCACAUACCGGCGCGGGCCCAACGGGGAAAUCCUGGCGGAAGAUCGGGACGAAGUGCCCGCGAACAAGGAGGAGGGCCUUGCCCGGUGGAAGUGGGAGAUGCAGGUCCGCUUCCUAAGGGGGGGAGACGACGAUUUCGACUACGACGCAGUGGACAACAAUCCGGAGUACGACGAUCGAAUUCUGGAAGAGAGGGACGCGGAAGACAGGUACUUUGACGAGCAGGAGCCCGAGUUUGUCAAGGGUGAGGAAGGGCUUCCGAGGAGUCAGAGUCAUGAGGAACUGGAGGGGGAGACUGGAAUUCAAGAUUUCUGA